AUGCAAUUGGACACAACGGAACGACGAAUAAUGGAAUCCCGUGGAUCCAGACACACACUCAUGAUCCGAAAAGUACAUCGCACCGACUUCGGAAAUUACACUUGCGUUGCAGAUAAUCAACUGGGAAAAACAAGAAAGAGCGUCCAAUUAACCGGAAAACCGAAUCCCGUUAAAUUCAGCAGCUCUCGCAUGGGCAGCUGGAAGGACAGUUACAACAUAAGCUGGGCAGUGGAAUCAUUGAGUCCCAUUGAGGAAUACAAAUUGCUUUUUAGAAGAAUACCGGAAACAGGAACUGGAGAAGAUGCAGCAGGGCACAGUGUUUCCUAUGGAUUUGUUCGACGAACAGACUGGAGAGAUGUUAUCUUGCCGGCUACGCAGACUCAAUCCACCGGGGUACAGUCCAUGAGCUACGUGAUACGGGGCCUCGAAGCCAACCAGAACUACGAAGCUAAAGUGCAGGCCCGCAACAAAUUCGGAUGGAGCCCCGUAUCUGAGGCGUUCACGUUCCAAACCACUGAUACAGGUUAG